AUGCGUUUCGCCGCCCCCGCCGUUGCCUUCGCCGGCCUUGCCGUCGCCAGCUACUACGAGGCCCCCGCCGUCUCUGCCCCUUACGAGGCUCCCGCCGUCUCUUCGGCCCCCGCCGUCGUCUCCUCGGCUCCCGCCUACGAGUCGGUCUCUGCUCCCGCUCCUCUCGAGACUGAGUACUCCACCAAGUACUUCACCGUCACCGACUGCCCCGACACCGUCACCGACUACCCCGCGCACUCGACUGUCAUCACCUCGUCGGUUGUCCCCCUGACCACCUCCACCAUCUACGAGACCCGCGAGCACACCGUCACCAGCUGCCCUCCUACCGUCCCCAAGUGCCCCGCCGACUCCACCAAGGUCAUCACCGAGACCAUUGCCGUCUCCACGACCGUCUGCGAGGUCACCCCCACCGAGGUCUACCCCCACCCUCCCCACGCCACUGAGACUGGCAACAAGCCCGAGGAGCCUGAGCACGUUCCCACCAAGCCCGCCUACCCCGAGCAGCCUGAGCACCCCACCAAGCCUGCUCAGCCCGAGCACCCCACCAAGCCUGCUUACCCUGAGGAGCCCUCCAAGCCCACCACUCCUGCUCACCCCGAGUAG